AUGAUCAGUGCAUCGAACCCUAAUUCAAUGAUGUCUUUGUCACCAACAACAGGAAACAACAACGCUUCUUGCCGCGGACAACAAGCAUCGGGUUUGAAUACGUAUUUCAAAACUCCGGAAAGAAGGUAUAAGCUUAAGUACGAGAAAAGUCAUCUCGCCGGUCUCCUUCACUAUGCCCAUGGCAAGUCUGUUACUCAGCGAAUUAUUGCCGAUGGUUAUGAUCCUGCUAGCAUCUCAGCAUAUUGGGGUAAAAGGCCACGAGCUGUUGCCACACGUAUCACACAACUGACGUCUGUUGCAGGAGGAUUUCUUUCACGCCUUACUUGGGACGAGAUAAAUAAGAAGGUUAAAGAGAAUGAAGUUUCUCGGGCAAUUGAGUUGAGGGAAAUUGUAACCUCUUUGGGUCCCACAUACAUCAAACUUGGGCAAGCAUUAAGCAUUAGGCCAUACAUAUUGUUCCCUGCUACAAUGACUAAGCUGCAAAAGCUUUGUGAUAAGGUUCCAUCAUAUCCAGAUAACAUUGCCAUGACACUUCUAGAAGAGGAACUUGGAGAGCCAUGGCAAAACAUCUAUUCAGAGCUCACAACUUCUCCUAUAGCAGCAGCCUCACUUGGGCAGGUGUAUAAGGGCAGAUUAAAGGAAAAUGGGGAUUUGGUUGCUGUUAAGAUAUCUUUGGAUGUUGUUGGGUUGGUUGAUGCAUGGGUUGCCCGUUUCUUUGAGGAGAUUGACUAUAUUAACGAGGGUGAAAAUGGAACAUAUUAUGCAGAGAUGAUGAAAAAAGACCUUCCACAAUGCAGCCUUUGCACACAACCAGAGUGUUGCACCUUCAGAAAUGGUGAAUAUGUGAAAGAAGGGUUCGGUCAGUUAGAGCAAUGGGGUACUCAGACCACAACUGAGGACAUAAGAGAGAUGAUAUUUUUCCCUUUUGUGACUGAGGUUUGUCGAGUAUAUGCCAAUCUAGCUGCAAAGGUCAGGUGUUGCAAAGUUCAUUAUACAGAUGAUGAUAUUGAUGAAAUAUGUGAAGAAUGGUCGACUUUUGUUACAAGCUUCAUUUAUCGGUGA